AUGCAGGCUCCAGAAGCAGCAGGGGGCUCCCAUGCAGCGCCAGGGGGGUCUUUCCAACCGUCGACAGGCGCUGUCGCCGCACCCGCGGGCCCAGUAAUCGUGGGCCCGCCCGGAACCAUUCCCCCAGGCGCGGGGGUUCCGGGCGCAGGCGGAGCACCCGGCGCAGGGGGGGGAGUAGCGGGGGGGGUGGCGGGCGCGUCUCCCGUAAUGCAGGCUAUGCCUGGGGGAAUGCAGCACAUGCAGCCGUAUAUGAUUCCCCCUAUGGGACCGGAUGUGCAUGGCAUGUAUUACCCCGGGAAUGGAUACAUCCCCCACUACUACUACGAUUACUCCAUGCCAGGCUACGCGGAUCCUCCGCGCAUGCCCCCGGAGCAGUGGGAGGAGUACAUGCGCAUGGCCGCGCGGAUGGAUGGGGGAGCGGGCAUGAUGGACGGUCAGCAGCCGCCGCCAGGGUUUGGGUUUCACGUGCCACACUACCCACACCCACACAUGCCGCCCGGCGCACACCCGUCCAUGAUGGGCGCUCACAUGUUCGGCGCCCCUCCCCCCGGGUACCCCUUUCAAGGUCCUCCUAUGUUUCAGCCGCCCCUACUCCGUCCGCCCUCGCCUGGCGGAGGACCCAUGUUCCAGCUGCCCCUGCUCCGCCCUCCUUUGCCUGGAGACCCAGCGCAGCCUGGCGAUUCCGCCCAGUCAGCUGCAGCAUCCGCGCACAUCCGCCCAAACCCAGCCCAGCCUGGCGAUUCCUCCCAGCCAGGCGCAGCAUCCGCGCACAUCCGCCCAGGAGCAGCUGCUGGCGCCAUAGGGGAGCCUAUCGGCGCUGCUGCUGCUGCUGCUGCAGCUGCAGCAGGGGCGGGAGCAGGGGCAGCUGGGGGAGCGGGGGGAGCGAUGGGGGCAGCAGUGGCAGCAGGGGGGGCACGGGGCGGAAUAACCCUGCGUCCAGACGAGUACAAUCGGGCAGACUUCAAGACGUCGUACGAGGCGGCGAGAUUCUUUGUGAUAAAGAGCUACAGCGAGGACGAUGUGCACAAGAGCAUCAAGUACGGCGUGUGGGCGUCCACCCCCACGGGCAACAAGCGCCUCGAUGCCGCCUUCAAGGACGCCGCAGGGAAGAGCAGCGCCACCCCCUGCCCCGUCUUCCUCUUCUUCUCUCAAGGACGAGACGAUGUGCACAAGAGCAUCAAGUACGGCGUAUGGGCGUCCUUCCCCACGGGCAACAAGCGCCUCGAUGCCCCCAAGGACGCCGCAGGGAAGAGCAGCGCCACCCCCUGCCCCGUCUUCCUCUUCUUCUCCGUAAGUUCGGUGUUUGUGCAUGUUCCUCCUUCGACCAGCCAGCCCCCCCUGGGGGUGCGGUUCUUUGUGAUAAAGAGCUUCAGCGAGGACGAUGUGCACAAGAGCAUCAAGUACGGUGUGUGGGCGUCCACCCCCACGGGCAACAAGCGCCUCGAUGCCGCCUUCAAGGACGCCGCAGGGAAGAGCAGCGCCACCCCCUGCCCCGCCUUCCUCUUCUUCUCCGGAAUUGCCUUCUACCCAGGUGAACGCGAGUGGGCAGUCCUGUGGGGUGGCGGGGAUGCUGACCCCAGUGGACUUCACUCGCACACUUUAUCUUUCCUUCCCUUUCCUUUCCCCCCCUCUUUCCCCCUUUCUCCCCUGUCUCGAUCCCUCCUCUCACCCUCCCUGUUUCAGGUGAACGCGAGUGGGCAGUUCUGUGGGGUGGCGGAGAUGCUGACCCCAGUGGACUUCACUCGCAGUGUGGACUACUGGCAGCAGGACAAGUGGAACGGACCUUCCCACCCAACUCUCACCUCCCUUCGCGCUCUUCUGUUCCCUCCUCUCUCCCUCCCCUCUGUUCCCUUCCCUCUCCUUCCCCUGUGUCUCUCACUGUCGUUGCCACUUCCUUGGCAGGUGAACGCGAGUGGGCAGUUCUGUGGGGUGGCGGAGAUGCUGACCCCGGUGGACUUCACUCGCAGUGUGGACUACUGGCAGCAGGACAAGUGGAACGGACACUUCCAGGUCAAGUGGCAUGUGAUCAAGGACGUGCCCAACUCGCAGUUCCGGCAUAUAAUCAUCGCUUCCAAUGAUGGCAAGCCUGUUACCAACAGCAGAGACACGCAGGAGGUGAGAAGGGGUGCCGCUGCAGCAGGGCAGGAGAUGCUGCGGCUGUCCAAGGGCUACUUGUUCCAGGGAUUCACCCUCUCCCCCCACUCCCCCCUCUCCUCCUAUCCCCCAGGUGCCGCUCUAGUAGGGGCAGGAGAUGCUGCGGCUGUGCUGCUGCAGCAGGGGCAGGAGAUGCGGCGGCUGUUCAAGGGCUACUCGUCCUCAGUGGCGCACGUGCCGCUGCAGCAGGGGCAGGAGAUGCUACGGCUGUUCAAGGGCUACUCGUCUCCACGGUGCACGCUGCACUGCCUGCUCAUUCUCCCCGAUUCCUUGGUCCUCUCCCCUCGCCCUCCUCCCUCCUCCCCUCUCCCACCAGGUGCCGCUGCAGCAGGGGCAGGAGAUGCUACGGCUGUUCAAGGGCUACUCGUCUCCACGGUGCCGCUGCAGCAGGGGCAGGAGAUGCUACGGCUGUUCAAGGGCUACUCGUCUCCACGGUGCACGCUGCACUGCCUGCUCAUUCUCCCCGAUUCCUUGGUCCUCUCCCCUCGCCCUCCUCCCUCCUCCCCUCUCCCACCAGGUGCCGCUGCAGCAGGGGCAGGAGAUGCUACGGCUGUUCAAGGGCUACUCGUCUCCACGGUGCCGCUGCAGCAGGGGCAGGAGAUGCUACGGCUGUUCAAGGGCUACUCGUCUCCACGGUGCACGCUGCACUGCCUGCUCAUUCUCCCCGAUUCCUUGGUCCUCUCCCCUCGCCUUCCUCCCUCCUCCCCUCUCCCACCAGGUGCCGCUGCAGCAGGGGCAGGAGAUGCUACGGCUGUUCAAGGGCUACUCGUCUCCACGGUGCCGCUGCAGCAGGGGCAGGAGAUGCUACGGCUGUUCAAGGGCUACUCGUCUCCACGGUGCACGCUGCACUGCCUGCUCAUUCUCCCCGAUUCCUUGGUCCUCUCCCCUCGCCCUCCUCCCUCCUCCCCUCUCCCACCAGGUGCCGCUGCAGCAGGGGCAGGAGAUGCUACGGCUGUUCAAGGGCUAUUCGUCCCGCACGUCCAUUCUGGACGACUUUACCUUCUACGACUCGCGCCAGCGCGCCAUGCAGGAGCGGAAGACCCGCCACCCCUCCCACCCAACCACCUCCUGAAUCACCCAUGCUCCUCCUCCUCCUCCCCUCUUUUCCUCCUCUCCCCCUCUUUUCCUCCUCUCCCCCUCUUUUCCUCCUCUCCCCCUCUUUUCCUCCUCUCCCCCUCUUUUCCUCCUCUCCCCCUCUUUUCCUCCUCUCCCCCUCUUUUCCUCCUCUCCCCCUCUUUUCCUCCUCUCCCUCCUCUCGAUGUCUGCCCCUCUCCCUGUUGCUCCGUUUCUCCAUUCUCCCCGCUCUUCCCCCUCCAGGUGCCGCUGCAGCAGGGGCAGGAGAUGCUGCGGCUGUUCAAGGGCUACUCGUCGCGCACAUCUAUUCUGGACGACUUUACCUUCUACGACUCGCGCCAGCGCGCCAUGCAGGAGCGGAAGACCCGCCACCCCUCCCACCCGUUCCCGCACCAGCAGCAAUCGCAGCACCUGCAGCAGCAUCAGCAGCAGCAGCAGCAGCAGCAGCAGCACCCGCAGCAGCAGCACCAGCAUCCUCAUCAGCAGCAGCUGCAGUCGCAGCAGCAGCAGCUGCAGCACCAGCAUAUGCAGCAGCAGCAGCAUCAGCAGCACCAGCAGCAGCUGCAGCAGCAGAGGCGGAUUGUAGUAGGGCGGAACCCGGGACCAGUGCUUCUGCCUCAGGUAUUUCUCGUGCCCGUCGUUUCUUUACCUUAUCCCCCGCACUUGAAGUUCCUUCUCCCUCCUCCCCUACCUCUCCCCUCCCGUUCCCCCUACCAUUCCCCUUCCUCUUCUCCUUCCCCGGCCUUCCGUUUCCCCCCCUUUCCCCCACUCCCCUCCCUCCCCGACUCCCCUCCCUCCUCCACUCCCCUCCCUUCCCGACUCCCCUCUUCCCACCUCUCAUGCCUCUCGAUCCCAUCAACCCUUCCUUUGUUUCUGCUUUCGCUAUCGCUACCCCCAUGCAAUACUGAUUUAGCUACUACCUCACUUUUCCCCACCUUUCCUUCCUCUAUUCCCAUUACUCUUUCCCUCUGUUCCCCUGCUCCGCUGUUCCCUUGCUCUCUUGCUCCCUUUCUCCCCUGCCCCGCUGUUCCCUCUACUCCGCGGUUCUCCCCGCCUUGGCUUGACGCCCGCCUGCUAGACCCCCCCUUCCCGCCUCUCAUGCCUCUCAACCCUGCCUUUGGCCCUGCUGGCCUGCCUCUUCCCACCAACGCUGCUGCUGGCCCCAGGCUAGACUGA